AUGAGGGGAUCUUCGCUUAUUCCUCGCCGGUUUCGCGAGAACUCCGACGAUGCCGCAGAGGCUGGAUGGCUCAAUCGACAGGUGACGAGUGUGCUGCAGUCCCUCUCGCUAAGAGCUUGCAGACAUCCCAUACACACGAUAGUGGCCAUAGCAUUGCUCGCGAGCACGACCUACGUUGGUCUUUUAGACGGCAGCCUGGUCGAGUCGCGCAAGGCGAAUGACGGCGCCGGACAGGUCGACGUAGCUUCACUGGUAGGCGGAGGGAGGAAUUUACAUCUUGGACCGGACACGCAAUGGAGAUGGCAGGUGGACGAUUCCGUUCAGGCCGAUACCAGAAAGGUACGCACUUUCACCAAUUCUUCAUCCUCGUUGGAGAGCUCAACUGCUAACAUUCGAUUCACCGCUGAGCAGGUGUCACAGCAUCUUGCCAUUGCGACCUUCGUGUUCCCGCAUUCAUCCUCUGGGUCGCCGCAGUCACCUCCCCUUGCAGAGAAUGUGCCACUGCCUGCCAAUAGCUCUGCCAAACUCAUUCCAUACACGCCCAAUCUACUUACGCCCAUAUCACAAGAUACGCACCUGGCCUACUCGCUUCCGUACGAUGAAGUGCCGUAUUUCCUCAGAUCGGUGCAGGAGAUGCCGGAUUCGACCAAUGAUCCAGAGGGAAUUGAACAGAAGAAAUGGAUAAUGAAGGCUGCGCGCAGCUCGGUCUCGGGUUCUAACGUUGCCAUACAGAACUGGUUCACUGAUGGAUGGAACUCGUUUGUGGACUUGAUCAAGCAUGCGGAAACCAUCGACAUCAUUAUCAUGGUGCUUGGAUAUAUCUCCAUGCAUCUAACCUUUGUAUCACUGUUCCUAUCCCUACGACGUCUCGGAUCGAGGUCUUGGCUGGCUGCAACUGUCCUCAUCUCUGGAGGCUUUGCUUUCCUCUUCGGUCUGCUGGUGACCACCGCCCUCGGUGUUCCAAUUAACAUGGUCUUGCUCUCUGAGGGUCUGCCGUUCCUUGUCGUUACUAUCGGAUUUGAGAAGCCUAUCAUCCUCACCAAGGCCGUGCUCGAACGUAGCCACCAACAACCAGGAGCCAACACUGUGACUGCCAACGGCUCUACUAAGCCUGCUACGCCAGUACGAUCUAUUCAAGAUGCCAUUCAACAAGCCGUGGAAGCCACCGGAUUCGAAAUCGUCCGAGACUACCUGAUUGAAAUUGCCAUUCUUGUUGCCGGCGCUGCCUCGGGCAUCCAGGGUGGUCUACGACAGUUCUGCUUCCUGGCUGCCUGGAUUCUGUUCUUCGACUGCAUUCUCCUCUUCACCUUCUACACCACGAUCCUAUGCAUAAAGCUUGAAAUCAACCGUAUCAAGCGCCAUGUGGAUAUCCGCAAGACCCUAGAAGAGGAAGGAAUUACUCACCGUGUGGCUGAGAAGGUUGCUUCGACCAGUGAUUGGCCACAGAUGAGCUUCGACGGCAAGGGAGGUAACUCAAAGACCAACGGUGCUGGAAUCUUCGGCCAGAAGGUCCGAGCUAGCAGCAUUCCCAAGUUCAAGUUCCUUAUGGUUGGAGGCUUCAUCCUGAUCAACCUCCUCAAUCUCGCUACCAUUCCGUUCCGUAAUCGCCAAGAUGGCUUGUUCAUGCCAGUUUUGUCGAAGGUCUCUAACAUUCUAUCUCCCGUGCCAAUUGAUCCGUUCAAGGUCGCCGAGAACGGUCUCGAUGUCAUCUACGUCAGUGCAAAGAGCCAGCAGGUUGAAACCAUAGUCACCGUUUUGCCACCAAUCAAAUAUCAGCUCGAAUAUCCCUCUGCUCACUACGCUAGUGCCAACGUUGAUCGUCUACUUGAUACCGACUACAACCCUGUUCUCGAUGUCGUGGGUGGCCGAGUGCUUGAAAGUAUCCUCAGAUCCCUCGAUGACCCAAUCAUUAGCAAAUGGAUCAUUGCUGCUCUUAUCUUGAGUUUGAUUCUUAACGGCUACCUUUUCAAUGCUGCACGCUGGAGCAUCAAGGAAGAGCAAUCAUCGACUCCAUCUGAAGCGCCCACGCCAACUCCUGCCCCGGCCAGAGUUGAGCGCAAACCCGUGAUCAAGGAAGAUGGUACUCCACGAACGUUGGAAGAAUGUGAGCAGAUGCUAAAGGAUAAGAUGGUAACCUCGCUUGACGAUGAAGAAUUGGUCGAACUCUCGCUCCGUGGUAAAAUCCCUGGAUACGCACUUGAGAAAACCAUGGAACAUGAAAGCAUCACUCGUCUGGAGGCAUUCACUCGAGCAGUCAAGCUCCGACGGUCUAUUGUUGCUAGGAAUCCUGUGACUGCAGCUACCAGUGCGAGCGUGGAGACUUCCAAAUUGCCAUAUGAGGGAAUGAACUAUACUCUUGUUCAUGGUGCCUGCUGCGAGAAUGUUAUUGGAUAUCUCCCACUCCCAAUGGGUGUUGCUGGUCCCUUGAUCAUUGACGGACAAAGCUAUUUUAUCCCCAUGGCCACCACCGAAGGUGUUCUUGUUGCUAGUACCAGCAGAGGAUGCAAGGCCAUCAACGCCGGUGGCGGUGCUACCACGGUUCUCACGGCGGACGGUAUGACUCGAGGUCCCUGUGUGAGCUUCGACAGCGUCUCCCGAGCCGGCGAAGCCAAAGUCUGGCUCGAUUCCGAAGAAGGCCAAUCGACCAUGAAAGCCGCGUUCAACUCUACCAGUCGUUUUGCAAGACUUCAGUCUAUGAAGACCGCUCUCGCUGGCACAAACCUGUACAUUCGAUUCAAGACCACAACCGGUGACGCUAUGGGCAUGAAUAUGAUUUCCAAAGGUGUCGAGAAAGCUCUGUCUGUUAUGGCCAAUGAAGCUGGAUUCGAGGAUAUGCAGACCAUCUCCGUCUCUGGAAACUUCUGCACUGACAAGAAGGCUGCCGCCGUUAACUGGAUUGAUGGGCGAGGAAAAUCUGUCGUUGCCGAAGCCGUUAUCCCAGCUAAUGUCGUCAAGUCCGUUCUUAAGAGUGAUGUUGACUCUCUGGUCGAGCUUAAUAUCUCCAAGAAUCUUAUCGGAAGUGCCAUGGCUGGCGCUCUCGGCGGAUUCAACGCCCAUGCAUCCAAUAUCGUCACAGCCUUGUUCCUGGCCACGGGUCAGGAUCCUGCCCAAAACGUUGAGAGCAGCAACUGUAUCACAAUUAUGAAGAACGUGGGUGGUAACUUACACAUCAGCGUCUCUAUGCCAUCGAUAGAAGUCGGUACCAUUGGCGGCGGCACCAUCCUUGAAGGACAAGGAGCCAUGCUCGAACUCCUCGGCGUUCGGGGCGCACACCCUACCAACCCAGGCGACAACGCUCGCCGUCUUGCACGAAUUGUAGGCGCCGCCGUCCUCGCCGGCGAGCUCAGUCUCUGCGCUGCCCUUGCGGCCGGUCACCUUGUCCGAGCACACAUGGCUCACAACAGAGGCUCCGCAGCGGCGGCAGCACCAGCGUCAUCAUCACUACCAACAGCUCCUCCAACACGGUCUGUAACUCCUGUUUCAGCUGCUGUUGGAGCAGCAAGAUCUGCGAACAACCUUGCCAUGACGGCCGUUAGCGAUCGUAAAUGA